CUGCUGAAUAAAAUAAUGGCAACUGCUGAGGAUCUGAGAGAGGAGCUAACCUGCCCCAUCUGCCUGAGCCUUUAUACAGAGCCUGUAAAUCUCAGCUGUGGCCAUAACUUCUGCCUGGGCUGUAUUGAGAGUGUGCUGGGUACCCAGGAGGAUCCUGGGCUUUAUACCUGUCCUGAGUGCAGAAAGGAAUUCAGUAACCGACCUAAGCUGCAGAGGAACAUAGCGCUGUGUAAUGUAGUGAAGCAUUUACAGAUUACUCAGCCAGAGCAAAAAGACACUGGGGUCUUCUGCACUUACUGUGUUCACUCUCCUGUACCUGCUGCUAAAUCAUGUCUGCUGUGUGAGGCUUCUCUGUGUGAUACCCACCUGAGGGUACACAGCAAGUCUGAGGAACACGUCUUAACUGAACCCACCACUUCCUGGGGUAACAGAAAAUGCUACAAACACAGGGAGCUGCUGAAAUAUUACUGCACUGAGGAUGCUGUCUGUAUCUGUGUGUCCUGCUCCCUAGCCGGAGUGCACAGGGGACACCAGGUGGAGCUGCUGAAUGAGGCUUCUGAGAAGAAGAAAGAGAAACUGAGAAAUGUUCUGCAGAAACUGACCACAAAGAGAGAGAAGACUGAGAAAAGAGUCCAGAGUCUGCAGGAGCACAGGAGAGGGGUGCAAGAGAAAGCAGCUGGUGUAACAGAGCGACUCACUGCCCUGAUUAGGGACAUCAGGAAACAGCUGGAAGACCUAGAGAAGCGAGUCCUGAGUGACGUCACCCGGCAGCAGGAGCAGGUUUUACUCACAAUCUCUGAUCUCAUCCAGCAGCUGGAAAAAGAGAAGGACGAGCUGACCAGGAAGAUGGGUUACAUUGAGGAGUUGUGCAACAUGACUGACCCAUUAACUGUCCUACAAGAACAGGAAUCACACAGAGGGGACUUUUGUGGUGCUGAGAAGGGAGAUAAUGAGGUCACACAGAGAGGUUAUAAACAGGUCCCUGCUGGGGGGGAUUUAGAUGAGGGUCUGAUCUCAGUGACCUUAUACAGAGGUUUAGCUUAUAUUGUGAAUAAUGUACAGAGAGAGAUCUAUAUGCAGGUGACAUCAGACAUAUUACUGGAUAUAAACACUGCUCAAAAAAAUGUUAUUGUAUCAGGUGACCUGAAAACUGUAUCCUGGUCACUAAUAAACCAUCUGCGACCAGAAACACCAGAGAGAUUUACAGAUGCUCCUCAGGUAUUAAGCACCAGGAGCUUUUCCUCAGGACGACAUUACUGGGAAGUGCAGACCAGUGAAUCAGGGUUCUGGCGUCUAGGGGUUUGUUAUCCCAGUAUGGGGAGGGGGGGACGUCAGUCUGUAAUAGGAGAUAAUAACAAGUCCUGGUGUUUGUAUAGCUAUAAUAAAGAUCUUUAUGUGACACAUAACACUAUAGUUACCUCAUUACAUCCCCCUCUAUCAUGUGACACAGUAGGAAUACUGCUGGACUAUGAGGCUGGGCGUCUGACCUUUUAUGAGCUGUGUGACCCGGUCAGACACUUACACACCAUCACUGUCACCUUCACAAAGCCUCUUCAUGCUGCAUUCUGGGUAUGGUGUGAUGGUGCUUGUGUGAGAAUCCUGCGCUAGAUACACUGUCACAUAAUAAUAAUGUUGCAUUCUGUGUAUAUAAAGAUGGUGCCUGUGUGAGAAUCCUGCGCUAGAUACACUGUCACAUCAUAAUAAUGCUACAUUCUGUGUAUAUAAAGAUGGUGCCUGUGUGAGAAUCCUGCACUAGAUACACUGUCACAUAAUAAUAAUGCUGCAUUUUGUGUAUAUAAAGAUGGUGCCUGGGUUAGAAUCCUGCACUAGAUACACUGUUACAUAAUAAUAAUGCUGCAUUCUGUGUAUAUAAAGAUGGUGCCUGUGUGAGAAUCCUGCGCUAGAUACACUGUCACAUAAUAAUAAUGCUGCAUUCUGUGUAUAUAAAGAUGGUGCCUGUGUGAGAAUCCUGUGCUUGAUACACUGUCACAUAAUAAUAAUGCUGCAUUCUGUGUAUAUAAAGAUGGUGCCUGUGUGAGAAUCCUGCGCUAGAUACACUGUCACAUAAUAAUAAUGCUGCAUUCUGUAUAUAUAAAGAUGGUGCCUGUGUGAGAAUCCUACACUAGAUACACUGUCACAUAAUAAUAAUGCUGCAUUCUGUGUAUAUAAAGAUGGUGCCUGUGUGAGAAUCCUGCGCUAGAUACACUGUCACAUAAUAAUAAUGCUGCAUUCUGUAUAUAUAAAGAUGGUGCCUGUGUGAGAAUCCUACACUAGAUACACUGUCACAUAAUAAUAAUGCUGCAUUCUGUUUAUAUAAAGAUGGUACCUUGGUGAGAAUCCUGUGCUAAAUAAACUGUCACAUAAUAAUAAUGUUGCAUUCUGGGUAUGGGGUGAUGGAGCCUGUGUGAGAAUCCUGCGCUGGAUACACUGUCAAAUAAUAAUAAUACUGCAUUCUGUGUAUAUAAAGAUGGUGCUUGUGUGAGAAUCCUGCGCUAGAUACACUGUCACAUAAUAAUAAUGCUGUAUUCUGUGUCUAUAAAGAUGGUGCCUGUGUGAGAAUCCUGCGCUAGAUACACUGUCACAUAAUAAUAAUGCUGCAUUCUGUAUAUAUAAAGAUGGUGCCUGUGUGAGAAUCCUACACUAGAUACACUGAUAAUAAUAAUAAUGCUGCAUUCUGUAUAUAUAAAGAUGAUGCCUGUGUGAGAAUCCUGCACUAGAUACACUGUCACAUAAUAAUAAUGCUGCAUUCUGUGUAUAUAAAGAUGGUGCCUGUGUGAGAAUCCUGCGCUAGAUACACUGUCACAUAAUAAUAAUGCUGCAUUCUGUGUAUAUAAAGAUGGUGCCUGUGUGAGAAUCCUGCGCUAGAUACACUGUCACAUAAUAAUAAUGCUGCAUUCUGUGUAUAUAAAGAUGGUGCCUGUGUGAGAAUCCUGCACUAGAUACACUGUCACAUAAUACUAAUGCUGCAUUCUGUGUAUAUAAAGAUGGUGCCUGUGUGAGAAUCCUGCGCUAGAUACACUGUCACAUAAUAAUAAUGCUGCAUUCUGUGUAUAUAAAGAUGGUGCCUGUGUGAGAAUCCUGCACUAGAUACACUGUCACAUAAUAAUAAUGCUGCAUUCUGUGUAUAUAAAGAUGGUACCUUGGUGAGAAUCCUGUGCUAGAUACACGGUCACAUAAUAAUAAUGCUGCAUUCUGUGUAUAUAAAGAUGGUACCUGGGUGAGAAUCCUGCGCUAGAUACACUGUCACAUAAUAAUAAUGCUGCUGUUUGUGUAUAUAAAGAUGUUGCCUGUGUGAGAAUCCUGCAAUAGAUACACUGUCACAUAAUAAUAACGUUGCUGUUUGUGUAUAUAAAGAUGUUGCCUGUGUGAGAAUCCUGCACUAGAUACACUGUCACAUAAUAAUAAUGCUACAUUCUGUGUAUAUAAAGAUGGUGCCUGGGUGAGUAUCCUGCGCUAUAUACACUGUCACAUAAUAAUAAUGCUGCAUUCUGUGUAUAUAAAGAUGGUGCCUGUGUGAGAAUCCUGCACUAGAUACACUGUCACAUAAUAAUAAUGCUGCAUUCUGUGUAUAUAAAGAUGGUACCUGUGUGAGAAUCCUGCGCUAGAUACACUGUCAAAUAAUAAUAAUGCUGCAUUCUGUGUAUAUAAAGAUGGUGCCUGUGUGAGAAUCCUGCACUAGAUACACUGUCACAUAAUAAUAAUGCUGCAUUCUGUGUAUAUAAAGAUGGUGCCUGUGUGAGAAUCCUGCACUAGAUACACUGUCACAUAAUAAUAAUGCUGCAUUCUGUGUAUGUAAAGAUGGUGCCUGUGUGAGAAUCCUGCACUAGAUACACUCUCACAUAAUAAUAAUGCUGCAUUCUGUGUAUAUAAAGAUGGUGCAUGUGUGAGAAUCCUGCACUAGAUACUGUCACAUAAUAAUAAUGCUGCUGUCUGUGAGCCAGUGAUGUCUGUGUAUUGUGCACAUUGUGUAUGAACUGGGGAUGAAAUAAAAUAAGAUAUUUGUACAUGAAA